GGGAAGGACAGGUAGUUUAUAAUUAUUUGAUUGGGUUUCCAGUGGUUCAAUACAUAGUGUAAGAAUACAGCCUUCAGGCGUAACCACUUACUUACGAAUCCUGCGACCAAUUUCGGAAUUCGAUUAAUAUUGAUCAACUGUCGUCUGUUCCUAGUGCCUCUUGUUAGAAGUUAAUCGCAUUAUCAUUGAAUAUUGGUUGCAUGAGGAAAGGUGUUGAUCAAUUCCAUUGUCGGUGGGUCAUAUUACAGCAGAGGUGUCUUUGUAGAAAAUCAUGAACAUGUCCCACAUCUGCUUCCAAUAUCGCUGCUAUCCAUUUAAAGCUUAGAAUGUGCUGCAUCAAUCAUCUUUCGUUCUACCGGUCGUAUAAUAUUAUUGGUUUUCCGGGCAAAGGAUAUUCAAGUAUUUACGCCCCCUCUUUACACCUCUCUUGUUUAGGAACUUACACUGAAUGGACUCUAAAUGAAGAUUUUAGAUAAACAUUCACGUCGAACGCUGUUCCAUAUAUAUCUUCCUGUCAGAGGAAAUUCUGGACAUCUUUUGCCGCUGCUUAAUUUCGGAAGUCAUUCGUUAAUCGGUUCAUGGGAUUUUUCCUUAUAGACGUAUAUCUGAUGGAGUAAUCGAAAGAUUUCAUCCUACUUUUGAUAUAAUUUUCUUCAUGAAAUCCAGGAUAUAUUUUUCCAAGGAGCAUCAAAUUUUAUUUUACGAAGGACAAUAAAACGAUCUAUAUCAUGUGACUGAGCUGUUGACUACAGAAAAAUGAAAAGAUAUUGUCUUAUAUUGUGCAUGCUGCUGAGCUUGGUUUUAGCGGCUGAAGAAUAUUGCCAUGACAUUGAGAACAGAUGCUACUCGCGUUUAGGUUGUGGGAAUGCUUUACACAACUUUCAGUUAGUUUGUGAUAGGCAGCUGGCAGGGGAGACAAAUGAAUGUACGGAGGAAUGCCAGAGGGCCCUCAUAACUCUGGUAUCGAGGGAUGAUGGAUAUGAAUACAUUAACUGUGAUUGUAAGAAGCAUCGUGGAAAAUACUCAGACUGCGACAAGAGAAAGCAAAAUCUACAAGUGUGUAAGAGCGCCCUGGAUGCGGUAGAAAGGAUUAAUGAUCCUUCCAGACCGAUCAGCUGCUCCAUUGCUCAUUGGAUUUGCGAUACGGACAGUUCGUGCUCUACGGCGUUGGUGUAUUACAAAAGCCAUUGUGGGAAUUUGAAGGAAAUAGGCUCGUGUCCCGAGAGAUGUAAUACGACGAUUAACAUACUUUAUCAGCAGAAAUAUGCCAUGAAGCUACAGAACUGUAUUUGUGAUGAACUACUGGAGGAUUUUAAUUGUUCCGAACUCCAGCAAAACACCAAAGAAUAUUGCUUUAAAAACAAUUAUUCUAUUGUUACUAAUAAUAAACGGUCACCGUAUAUGGCCCGCGAUGAUUCUGGUGGUAAUCGUCCCGAGUGGCGGUGGUUUGCAUUUUUGGUUGUGGUGACCACUGCUUUAUUGUGGCCACUCGAAUGUUAGCACUGGGACCCGGAUGUUAAUACUGGGAUUUUGUUUCAUUUGCUCACAAUCUGUAUUGAACGUUUAUCAUGUUUUAUAUAUUACUUGUUUUUCAGUGUAUAGUGUUGAUAUAUUUUUUAUGUGACUUACAGUCACGAAGUUGUUUUUAGAAUAAAUUUAAAUUCAUGACAUCGUUCAAAUAUUGCAGACAGGGAGUUUUUUAACAAUGAAAUAUGAUCUGCAAUAUACUUGUUAAUAUCACGCGUGUUUAUAUGCUUAUUACUCGCUUUGGUUUUGCUUUAGAUUAAAGAUUUUAUUUCGAGGUUAUUUUUAUUGCUUAAGACAACUUUUAUUUUCAUCCUCAUCAAUGCAAUAUAGUUAAAAUGUUAUUGCUUAAUGAUGGCAAACUGAACACUCCGAAGGUCAUCCAUAUAUUAUUUUGUAACUACGUGAACAUUUAAACAAAUUAGAUAUACCUGAAUAUAAAAAUAUCGUAUUUAAGGUGGAAUGUUCUGCCUAAGGUGAUGUAACAUUUGCUUGUUCUCAAUAAAACAUUCAUAAACAUUA